AUGGUGGAGACGCUGAGUAUCGCAGUCAUCGGUGCUCCCGGAGUGGGGAAAACUUCUAUAAUCCGCCAGUUCAUCUAUAACGACUUCUCGGAGGUGUACACGCCGACCAGGACCAGAUAUGUGUACAGACCCUCUGUCAUACUGAACGGGAACAUGUAUGAGCUGAAGAUUUUGGACGUCCCGCCAAUCUCCUCUUUUCCAUCAAGCUCCAGCCAGGAGUGGCUGGACUUGCGUUGCAGAGGUGUUCGCAAUGCCAAUGCCUACAUCCUGGUGUAUGACAUCUGCUGUGUGGAGAGCUUUGAAUACGUCAAGAUGAUCAGACAACAGAUAGUGGAGCACAGGUAUGGCAGCAGCAGUGAGGUGCCAAUCCUGGUGGUCGGCAACAAGAGAGAUCUGCAGCGACAGCGCUUCAUGCCUCGCAGGGCAGUGUCAGUCCUGGUGAAGAAGACUUGGAAGUGCGGUUAUGUGGAAUGCUCCGCCAAGUUUAACUGGCACGUAGUCUUGCUCUUCAAGGAACUGCUGGGCAUCGCUGUGGCGCGGGGCAUGCGCCAGAACCACACCGCCAUCCGUCUGCAGGGGGCGCUACAGAGGAAUCGCUGCACCAUCAUGUGA